AUGACAGGCCAUGAUGAGGACGAACAGGAUUGGGAUACGCUGAACCAGCCAAAUUGGCGCGGUCUUGGCCUGACCGAUCCAAUCAAGACCGUAGAGGACAAAUGGCUCCUGCUACCUGCCUUUCUCAAAGUCAAGGGUCUUGUGAAGCAACACAUUGACUCUUUCAAUUAUUUUGUGGACGUGGACAUCAAGAACAUCUUGAAGGCGAAUAACAAGGUCACCUCGGACGUGGAUCCCCGCUUCUGGCUCAAAUACACGGACAUCGUCGUUGGAUUCCCUGACCGCACGGAUCCAGAUGCGAUUGACAAGAGCGUCACUCCGCACGAAUGCCGACUGCGGGAUACGACCUAUGGCGCGCCGAUCCUUGUCACGAUUCAAUACACGCGCGGGAAGACCGUGGUGCGCCGGGCGAACGUCAACAUUGGGCGGCUGCCCAUCAUGCUCCGGAGCAACAAGUGCGUGCUUGCCGGUCGCAACGAGGCACAGCUGGCACGCAUGACGGAAUGUCCGCUCGACCCGGGCGGGUACUUCAUCGUGAGGGGCACGGAGAAGGUCAUCCUCGUGCAGGAGCAGCUGAGCAAGAAUCGUAUCAUUGUGGAGGUCGACCCGACGAAGGGCAUUGUCCAGGCGUCGUGCACGUCGUCAACGCACGGUGGUCUGAAGUCGAAGACGUACGUCGCGACGAAGAAGGGGAAAAUCUACCUGCGGCACAACUCGAUACACGAAGACGUCCCCAUCGUGAUUGCGCUGAAGGCGCUCGGGAUCCAGUCGGACAAGGAGAUCCUGCUGUUGACUGCGGGGAACCACGAGGCGUACAAGUCAGCGUUUUCACCGAACCUCGAGGAGGCCGCGAAGCUGGGCGUCUUGACGCGGCAGCAGGCGCUGGAGUAUAUCGGCUCGAGGGUGAAGGUGAACCGACGGGUGGUAGGUCCACGGCGGCCGGCAUGGGAAGAGGCGCUGGAGGCGCUAGCGACGAUCGUCCUCGCGCACGUACCCGUUCACGGCUUGAACUUCCGCUCGAAGGCGAUCUUCGUUGCGACUAUGACAAGGCGCGUGCUCAUGGCGAUGGAUGACGAGAAGAUGGUCGAUGACCGGGAUUAUGUGGGUAAUAAGCGUCUCGAAUUAGCGGGACAGCUGCUUGCUCUGCUGUUCGAGGAUCUCUUUAAGACAUUUAACACUAAUCUGAAGUCUGCGAUAGACAAGGUACUGAAGAAGCCGUCGCGGACUAGCGAGUUUGAUGCAUUCAACACGAUGCAGUUUCAAGGGGACCAUAUCACCUCUGGGUUCGUGCGUGCUAUAUCGACAGGGAACUGGUCACUUAAACGCUUCAAGAUGGACCGCGCAGGUGUCACGCAUGUUCUCAGCAGGCUGUCCUUCAUAUCUGCGCUCGGCAUGAUGACGCGCAUUUCGUCGCAGUUCGAGAAGACGCGCAAGGUCAGCGGUCCUCGCGCGCUGCAACCCAGUCAGUGGGGUAUGCUCUGCCCCAGCGACACGCCCGAAGGCGAAGCAUGCGGUCUCGUGAAAAAUCUCGCGUUAAUGACACAUAUUACAACCGACGUCGAGGAAGAGCCAAUUAUCCGGAUUGCAUUCAUGCUUGGUGUGGAAGACAUCAGCCUAGCGACUGGGACCGAGAUAUAUGGCCCGAACACCUUUGUGGUGAACGUGAACGGGACGAUCAUCGGUCUUACUCGGUAUCCAGCGCGCUUCGUGAAUAAUUUCCGCAAGCUACGCCGUGCCGGCCGAUUUAGCGAGUUCGUGAGCGUGUAUAUCAAUCACCAUCAUCGGACGGUGCUCAUCGCAAGCGAUGGUGGGCGCAUCUGCCGUCCUAUGAUCAUCGUGGAAAACGGAAGGCCACGGGUGACGUCCGAUCACAUCUUGGAACUGAAGAAGGGGCUUCUGACCUUCGAUGAUUUCCUUCGCAAGGGUCUGGUGGAAUAUCUCGAUGUCAACGAGGAGAAUGACUCUUUUAUCGCUCUCUACGAGCAGGAUAUCGUUCCCAGCACCACACACCUCGAAAUCGAACCAUUUACACUGCUUGGCGCCGUAGCGGGUCUUAUUCCUUAUCCUCAUCACAACCAGUCGCCGCGCAAUACCUAUCAAUGUGCCAUGGGUAAACAAGCCAUUGGCGCGAUUGGAUACAACCAAUUAAACAGGAUUGAUACUCUUCUCUAUCUAUCCGUCUAUCCGCAGCAGCCGAUGGUCAAGACAAAGACGAUCGAGCUCAUUGGUUACGACCGGUUGCCUGCAGGACAGAACGCCACCGUGGCAGUAAUGAGUUACUCAGGCUACGACAUCGAGGAUGCACUGAUUUUGAACAAGGCUAGUCUCGAUCGCGGAUAUGGUAGGUGUCAGGUCCUGCGCAAAAAUGCCACGCUCAUUCGCAAGUACCCCAACGGCACGUUUGAUCGUCUGGCCGAUGCUCCGGUUGACGAGAAUGGCCAAAUCCAGAAGAAGUACGAUAUUGUUCAGUCGGACGGCCUUGCAGGUGUGGGGGAGCGUGUCGACCCGGGGGACGUGUAUAUCAACAAACAGACGCCGACAAAUGCCAACGACAACUCCUUCACUGGCCAGGCUGCGGCCGUGCCAUACAAGAACGCCCCUAUGACUUACAAGUCCCCCGUCGCGGGCUACGUAGACAAGGUUAUGAUCAGCGAUACGGAAAACGAUCAAACGCUCAUCAAGGUUCUCAUCCGUCAAACGCGGCGACCGGAACUCGGAGACAAGUUUUCGUCGAGGCACGGCCAGAAGGGCGUCUGUGGCCUCAUUGUUAACCAGGAAGACAUGCCGUUCAAUGACCAGGGCAUAGUGCCUGACACUAUCAUGAAUCCACACGGUUUCCCGUCCCGAAUGACUGUCGGGAAGAUGAUUGAGCUGUUGGCAGGAAAGGCAGGUGUUCUUGCUGGUCAACUACAGUAUGGUACUGCAUUCGGCGGAUCCAAGGUAGAAGACAUGUCUCGAAUUCUGAUCGAGAAGGGAUUCAGCUACGCUGGCAAAGACAUGCUUACGAGCGGCAUCACCGGCGAGCCCAUGGAGGCAUAUGUCUACUUCGGGCCCAUCUACUAUCAGAAACUCAAGCACAUGGUCAUGGACAAGAUGCAUGCUCGCGCAAGGGGGCCCCGUGCAACUUUGACGCGACAACCUACCGAAGGUCGCUCAAGAGAGGGCGGUCUCCGCCUUGGCGAAAUGGAACGCGACUGUCUUAUCGGCUACGGAGCGACGCAGCUGCUAUUGGAACGUCUCAUGAUAUCGUCCGAUAAGUUCGAGGUGAAUGCGUGUCAAGAGUGCGGCCUCAUGGGCUACAACGGCUGGUGCACGUACUGCAAGAGUUCCAAGAAAAUGGCACAACUGACGAUACCUUAUGCUGCAAAGUUAUUGUUCCAAGAAUUGAUGGCGAUGAAUGUUGUUCCACGUCUGGUGCUAGAUGAUGCCUGA